AUGGUGAUUUACAAAUCCACUUGUCCGGAACUCCCAUUGCCUGAGAAAAGGGUCCAUGAAUAUAUAUUUGAAUACAUCAGAAAGCAUGAGAAAGAGCGACCUUACCAGCCAAUGUUUAUCGACUCUUUGACUGGAAUUGUAACUACCGGAGCCCAAAUUAUUGAACGGACCUUGUCUUUGGCUCAUUUCUUGCGAAAAAACGGCUUCGAAAAGGAUGAUUUCAUUGUGACUCCGGUCGAAAACGGAUGGCCAUAUGUCUGUGCGGUGUUGGCGGGAAGUAUGCUGGGCGGUGGAGUGGCCGGAGCGUAUCCGAAGAAUAGCGCUUGUAGGUUAUUCUGAAGUAAUUUAUCGAUGAUUUUUCUUUUUUUUCAGACGAAAUUUCCCAUCAAGUUCGUCUAUGUAAAGCGAAAUUUGUCAUGUGUCAAGAUCAUGUUCUCCCUAAGGUUUUGGAGAUUCUCGAUGAAUGUCCGUUGGUAAAAACCAUCAUCACGGUCGGCGAUAACGUGAAAGAAAGGGCGCGUAAAGUUCCGGUGGUUCGGAUUGAAGACAUCAUCAAGUUUGUCUCGAAAAUAGCUCCCGAGGAUUUCCCUCAAGCCGACAUUGACAUCAAAAAAAGUGUGUACUUCCUGCCCCCAACAAGGUGAGUUGAGGAUUUUGUGGACAAACGCCGGUUUCUGUAUGUUGUCUAGCUAUGUAGACACAAUAAUUUGGGGUGUAAAAAACUGACGAUAGGUCAAGUGAAGGUAACUUGGCUGAGUCGUCUUUGUCGCUUCUUUCGGAAUUUUAAUUUAAAAAAUGAAUGAACUUAUUGCAGUUUCUAUACGGUAAAGUAAAAAUUAAUCAUCCAUAGGCAUGAUAUCAUAUUUUUUCUUCCAUAUUUCAAUAACGAAAAUUCUUUUCAGCGGCACCACUGGCCUUCCCAAAGGAGUAUGUCAAACCCAUUACAACAAUUUGUAUGCGCAAUGGAACUUUGUGAGGUAUGUGAGACUAAUUGAUCCUUUUUUAUCAUUUUUUAGUUAUUUAUUUUUCAUAACAAAUUUCUUCUUUCAGCGUCUUCACCGAUCGCUUAUUAAAACCCCACUUUCCCAACUGGAACUGGCGCGACAACAAAGUCCUUAUCACCAUGCAACAAGGCUUUGCCUAUGGCCAUGGAAUCACUCUUGUGACCCUUAUUACCGGCGCUGUCGGAAUCUUUGUCCGCAAGCCAGAACUUGACCAUAUUUUCCACUGCAUUGACAAGUACAAGAUACGGCUGUUAUUUGGGCACCCGGCCUUGUUCCAGGCAUUAACUCACUAUAAACAACAGAAUCCCGACAAAUUGUCGACUCUUCAAGCCGCGAUGACUGGCGGAGCGCCGUUGAAAGAGAAAGUUGCCAAAGAGUUUAUGAGUACUUGUAAUGUGAAAGUGGCACAGAUGUACGGCCUCACUGAAGGUGUAAUUACCACUUCAGACGUGGACUCUCCAAUCACUUCGGUUGGGAGGCUAGUGCCGAGGACGGAACUGAGGAUUGUGGAUGCUGAAACGGGCGAGGAAUUGGGGUAAGAGAUCGUGAGAAGCGCCAAUUCUCAUAGCUCAACUAUGCACGGUACAAAUCUUUGAUUUUGGAAGGUUUAAUAGUAUUAUAUACAGGGUGCCGCAAAAAAUGGAAACUUUUUUCAUUGGGUCCUGCCGCGAAAAUUUUUAAGUGCAGCAAAAUUAUUUUCAUACUAUUAAAUUCUACGUGGUUUUCUCUCCUAGGCCUUAUAAUUUCAAGUCCAUAUUGGUUUACUAACAUUCUUUUUUUGAAUGUCAAACAGAGGGACCUCGAUUUUGGACCUGUUUUUUUAAACUGUUCAAAUUGUUAUUAAUUUGCCCGGUACAGAAAGGACGUUGUGUCCAAAGUAAUCACAUAAUGCAAAGAGCUUGCCAACAAUUUUAGGUUUACAAUUUUGACCUCUUUUCAGUCCCCAUGAGGUUGGAGAGCUUCAAUUCCGCAACCCGACUAUGUCUAUUGGCUACCUCAACAACCCCGAGACCACUGCCGCGCUAUACACCAAGGAUGGAUUCCUAAUCACAGGAGACAUUGGCUAUGUUGAUGAGAAUCAAAACGUUUUUAUUGUGGACCGGAAGAAAGAGAUGAUCAAAGUUCAAGGAAAAUCAGUUGCUCCAGGGCAAUUGGAAGACUUGCUGUAUACGAACAAGAAGAUCAAGGAGUGCUGUGUUGUGGGAGUGCCCGAUGAAGAGCUGGGAGAGAGUAUUUGGGCGUUCGUUGUAAAGGCGGAUAAAAGUUUAACGGAGCAGGAAGUCAUUGACACCGUAAAUUGUAAGUUUUCUGGACCUUCUUUAACUUGUUUUAGUGGACAUUGUGGACUACAAACAAAUCACCGGAGGUGUUCAGUUUGUGGAGGCGAUACCACGGAACCCAAAUGGAAAAGUGCUGCGGAGAAAGUUGAGGGAGUUCGUGAUGUCAAACAAUAAUAUUGCCGCAUAA